UCUCACUUCAUGAGAGAUCAUCAUCUGAAUGAUCUGUCAUCUGUAUCGGAAACCUACCUGAGUGGAAACCAGAGUGUGUGUAUGUGAUGGAUCACCAGAACACCAGCCACGUCCCUACUAACCAAUCAGAUUAUAGCAGCAUCUUCCCGCGGCAGUGCUGUGGUGGUGUGGUGCUGCCGUCGCUAUACAUUCUCACCUUCGUGGUGGGCCUGGCCCUAAACGGCGUUGCCGCCUGCAUCUUCUUCCGGGUGCCGAGCGACUCAGGGCUGGUGGUGUACCUGAAGAACAUGGUGGUGGCUGACCUCCUCAUGCUCUUCACCUUCCCUUUCAAGAUCGCGGCAGACCUGGGGUUGGGGGGCUGGCAAAUGUAUGUGGUCACCUGUCGCUAUACCGCCGUGCUCUUCUACUGCUCAAUGUAUGUGGGCAUGGUCUUCAUGGGCUUAAUCAGCCUUGAGCGCUACGUGAAAAUCGUCAGACACACCUCCUCCACCACCUCCAGCAGGUCGAGGUGGUGCAGGGUCUCAAUGCUGCUCCUCCUGCAGAGAGUGGGCUUUGCGCAGGGGCUGGCGCUCUUCACGUGGAGCUUCCUGUUCCUCUGCUUGCUGCCCAACGUGGUGCUCACCAGCAAGCCGGCUAAGGAGACACACUUGCGACUCUGCGUGGAGCUGAAGACGUUGCUGGGCCAGCAGUGGCACGAUUUCUCCGUCUUUUUCAACAACGCCCUCUUCUGGCUGACGCUGUCUCUGCUCUUCUUCUGCUACACCUCCAUCGCCUGCCAUCUGUACCGUUCCUACCGCCGCAUGCGCCGCGACGAGAGUGACAUCUGCCGGAAAUCGAAGCGCAGCAUCUUCAGCAUCCUGAUAGUGUUUUUCGUGUGCUUCGUGCCGCACCAUGUGGUGCUCUUACUGUACACGCUGUGUGAGAAUUGCAAGGGCUUCCUGAUGGUACAGCUAAAGGAGGCCACGCUCUUCCUCUCCGCCAUCAACGUCUGCCUCGACCCCGUCAUCUACUUCCUCAUGUGCCGCACCUUCAGGGAGUCCCUGAUCAGGAAACUUUCAGGGAGAAGGGGGAGGAGAGAGAGGUGGGAGGGGUCACAUACCACCGGUCAGUCUGUCACAUAUUUAGGAGGGGGACAGGAGGUGAGGAAAGGAGGGGAGGAGACAAACGAAGGAGGCUAAAGAGGAGAGGAAAUCAAAAAAUAUAUUUGGGACAGCAAGAGCAGAGAGGAGAGGAAAUGAGAAAAGGGGAAAGGGGGGAGACCAGGCAGAGUCACUAACAGGCACGUGCACAGAUAGACCCCAAAGAGGGCUUGAGCACCUGCCCUUUUGCCCUAUUUAAAGAAAGGACAUUUUUGUCAAAUGUAAGUUCCAAUGUAUUUUUUUGUUACGCUCGUGAACUGUUAGCGCCGUGUUAUGCAUGCCCACUGCACUUUGCGGGAGCGCUCACAGCGUAAAGCCAAAACUCACAGACAUUUCA